AUGACUAACGAGGUCAGUGAUUCCCAAGAAAUUCCGUCUUCAGAUCCUGUAAAGGAAUUACCUCAAAUAAGUGAGAUUAAGAAUGAAGAAGCCUAUGAUGAGGAUUCUUCCAAUGAAGGUGAUUCCCAAGCGAAGAAAAGAAAGAAAGGGCCAGCACCGGGGAAAAAGCCAUCUGCCGAGGUAUUACAACGUCGUAAAGAAGGUAGAAGAAAAGCUGCGGCUACUAUUGCCAACAAUAUUAAGAAAACAGGUAUCGGUAGAUUUGAAGAGCAGAAUGGAUUCACGUUGACCAGUGUUAAGCAAAUUCCUUUGAUCAACCAGAAGAAUUAUUACACCGACUAUUUGAAGAAGGACGAACAAGUUUCGUUUAUAAGAAACUGGAGAACUGAAAAGUUGUUGGCCCAGAAGCUCAAGAAUUUAAAGAAAGACGAACUCAAAAAGGAUGAUAGUGAUGUUAAUGAAGCUAAGAACUUUGAUGACUUUAACUUGAAUGAUAUUGAGACGGAAAUGAACAAAAAGAAGUUUCCGGUUGAAGAAGAGGAAGAAGAGGAAGAAGAGGAAGAUGAAAAUGAGAAUGAAGAGAUCAGCGAAGAGAAAGCCAGAUUAGGAUUUGAUACUAUUAUUAUCCAUCCAGGAUCAUCCAAUAUUAGGAUUGGAAGAGCAACCGAUGCUUUCCCUAAGACUGUGCCAACGGUGAUUGCAGUUCCAAAUACCAACAAGCAUAACCAGACGGACAAAAUCGCACCAACACCGGUAAGAACUGUUAAUGAAGAAGGGCAAGUAUUUUUCAAUGAAGAGUUUGAUGAGGUUAAAGAGACCGUCACUAAGGAUUUCAAAGCGAGAAUGAGAUAUUACAAGAGAAGAAUGCUUCCAAAUUCAAGAGAAACUGCGGCAAAUUAUAAUAAAAGACAGGAACCCGAAAUGAUACCUGAUCACAACGAUCCCAUGAAGAAAGAAUGGAUUGAUUUAAAGGAUCCGAAGUAUAACAAAAAUAGAUUUUUUGUUGGUGAGGAAGCAUUAAGUUUGCCGAUAUGUGAAAAAUUUACAGACUGGAAAUUACGUUAUCCAAUAAUAAAUGGUAGAUUCAAUGAAUCAUCCGAUGAUUAUGAAUCGUGUCAGGAGAUCUUGGGAGACUUGAGUAAUAUAGUAAUCGAGUCCUUAAAUGACUUAGACAUCAAGAAGGCUCAAUUAGCCAACUUAAAAGCCAUACUUAUCAUUCCUGAUUUAUACGAUAAAAUGCAAGUAGAAACAUGGUGUGACUUGUUGUUUAAGCAAGUUGGUUUUGGAAAAAUAGGUAUAAUUCAGGAAUCAGUACUGGCUACAUUUGGUGCCGGCGCUACAAGCGCAUGCGUUGUUGACGUAGGAUCACAAACUACUUCAAUUGCAUGUGUUGAUGAAGGGAUGGUCAUUAAUGAUUCAAGAAUUGUUUUGAACUACGGUGGUGAUAAUAUAACAGAAGCAUUCAUUAAAUUAUUGUUACAAAGUCAAUUUCCGUACAAAGAUAUCAACUUGAGUAGCAGAAACGAAGAUUGGGAACUUGCACAAACUUUGAAACAUAACUUUAUAACGUUCCAAGAUGCCGAUAUAGCGGUGCAAUUAUAUCAUUUCUACGAAAGAAAACCAUACGAAACAACUAAAAAAUACGAGUUCAAGGUGUUCGACGAAGUUAUGUUGGCUCCGCUUGGAUUAUUCUAUCCCGAUUUAUUUCAAAUCGACAAGACGGCCCAUAACAACAAGAAGCUCUUUAGUCCAUCCGUUGAUCAGUACUCAGGAAAACCCAACAACCCGUACUCGAAGUCACAGGAGAAUAUCAUGAACAAAUUAGUCCAUUCAGAUUUGGCCGAUGAAGCAUUGUUGAACAGAAUCCUUGACGAGAGAAACGACAUGAAGUCAGCCAAUCCAUACUCCAAGCCAAAGCCCGCCAGAACAUCUGCUAUGGAAGAUCCGCAUCUUAACUGCUCGACUCCUCUCGAAAAGGCCAUUAUCGAGUCAAUCACCAACGCGGGUGUAGUAUCCGACUUCUCCAAAACAAAAAAAUUCUACGACAACUUGCUCAUCGUAGGCGGAGGAUUCGCCAAGGUGUCCGGGUUCGACCUGGUCCUUUCAGACAGAAUCAACAUCUGGAGACCUAAGUUCUUAUCGUCUAGUACCCUCGAUGAGAUGUUGGACUAUGUUUCGACCGAGAGACAAAAGAUCGAAGAGUCGCGGUCGCAAUUGAUUGCCGAUUACAAGGCCAGGAAAAAGGGUCCCGAACAGGCGCUUGACGAUGUUGAACUCACAGACGAUGAGAUUGCCGAAAUCGACUCGCAGACUCAAUUGGUCCUUGAUCUCGACCACAUCGACUCUAUCAGUGACAAGGGAUCCGUGUUGCCCGUGAAUGUCCUCCCUCCUCCUCGAGAAUUCGAUCCCGAGAUGCUUACAUGGAAGGGUGGAAGUGUCUACGGCCGGUUGAAGGUCGUUAACGAGAUGUGGGUAACCCAAAAUGAUUGGGACUUGUUGCAGAGCAGAUGUUUAUAUUACAAGAGUUUGUUUAACUACUAA